AUGUUACGUGUUGCUGCUCGAUGCCUUCUCUGGAGGCCUGCCGCCAUUCAGCACCUGCCCGACUUUGGCUCCAAGGAGGCUCCCAGAAAAUUAGAAGAUACCCAACGACAAUACCGCCCUCUCUCCCUUAAGGCCCGUCAGGCGCUGGCGGAGAAAUCGGAUGAAGUGCAGUAUCAUGUGAUUACCCAGGAUUGGUUUGGGCAGCGCGUCGAUACUUUUCUUACCCAGCACCAUCCUGAAUGGAGUUAUGAAACCAUGAAACGUCUGGUACAGCAGGGUCACAUAUACCGUUAUAGAAAAAAUGGAAAAAAACGAUACACACGAUUAACGGAUCGGCUGGAGUUUGACGAACUACUUGUGGUGCCAACUCCGGCUUUUUGGGAAAAACAACUUGCUCCUCCUACUGGUGUGCUCCAGGAGAACACACGGCAAUCCCAGUUUAAAUUGUCGUCUCAGGUGCGGGAAAUGGCACACAAUAUGGUGCUCUUCAAAAAUGAGCACGUCAUCGUUAUAAACAAGCCUCAUGGUGUCCCCAUGAUGCCGACAAGUGAUGCACAGGAGAUGAAUAUAACUGCCAUGCUUCCUGCCUGGAAAUACACAAGUGCGGUAAAACCCAUUGUUUGCCAUAACCUGGAUAAGGAAACAAGUGGUUGUGUCGUUUUGGCAAGAACCAAGAAUGCACAUCGCAUGCUAGCCCGUAUGUUUGUGAAGCGUGUGGUGCCAAACAGUGUGUAUUGGGGUUUUUGCGUAGGUAAGCCCACCGUGAACUUUGGAAGGGUGCGCAUGCACUUUGAGAUGACGAGGGGAACCAAGGGCGACAUCAUCGUCGCGCGUCCUUCGCCAACCAAAACUUCGAAAGUGGGUAUUGCCGAAUUUGUAGUCAACGCCAGUGCACUGGAGUUUGGAAGCUUCAUCUCCUUUUACCCGCUAACCACACGUCGUCACCAGGAGCGGAUUAUGGCGGCGCACGCGCUGCGUUGCCCGUUGUUGGGUGACGCCAAAUACGGAGGCGAGGCGGCGUUCCCCACCUCCAUGUCCCUCUUCUGGGACCCGGAGGAUAAAGGGCUGCCGUUGCACCUGCAUCACCGAAAGAUUCAGCUUCCGUACAAGAAUAGUGCUGGGGAGUUUGUUUGCGUCACGGCUCCUCUUCCACCGCAUAUGGAAAAGACGUUUAAGAAGCUUGGGUGGCCAUGUGAAGUGGAUGAUCCACUCAUCCCAGGAUGA